CGUGGUCCGAAUUUCGUUUCGGAGGAAAAAGAAUUUUCCAUCGGAAAAUCUACUGGCGGCUCGCGCUCGGGGCUAAAUUUCCUUACCCGGUGUCCCUACGGGAGCGCGGGAAAGAACCAAUCAGAUUUCUUCUUUUACCUUGCUCUUUUUUCAGAGUAUAACAGCGCAGCUUCCUUCUGAAUUACGGCACCGGAGUCAACUGCUCAGUCGUCUCUCUACUCUCCCUUAUCUGUUUCAGUCCUCUGUCGGACUCAGAGCAAGCAGAGAGAGAUAUGGGUGAUGAGAGAUCAGCAGCUGCUGCGGCGCCAGUGCGGUGGUCGGGUCUCCCGCCGGAGCUGUGGGCGAUGAUCGGGAGGCGUCUCGACUCCUACACGGACAUCCUCCGGUUCCGCAGCGUCUGCUCCACGUGGCGCUCCCUCGUCCCCCGCCUACCUCGCCUCCCCCCUCCUCUCUCCGUCCCCGGCUCCUCCGCCACGAUCAUCCCUGCCACCGUCUUCCGCCUCGAGCCCUCGCUUGAGACCUCACCGUCCUCCUGCCCCUCCUCUUCUCGUCGGGGAUGGCUGAUCAAGGUCUCGGAAUCCAAUCCGGAUCCGGUAAUCAUAUCAGUAUCGGAACUCGAACAGGACUUGGAUCCAGAACCGGAACCGGAACCGGAGUCGAAUUCCGGGAAAAUACGGCUCCUGAGCCCGCUGUGCCGCCUCCCGAUCCUCUACAAGCGGCGCCCGUUUCCGGGACACCUUGACUUACUGAAAUUCCGGGCCACUGAACUCUGCAGAGAGUAUAUUCUCCAGGGCGCAGGCGAAGUGGAGAAGGUCCUGAUUUCCCCGACUUCUCCAUGGAGAGACCCGGAAGAUACAGUCGCGAUCGCAAUCACUAAGGACGGCAAUCUCCGGUAUUGGAAAUACGGGCAGGAGAGUUGGACUAGUAUCACAGAUGAUCGAGGCGAAGCGUCCCGGUAUGAUGACAUUAUUCUCUACAAGGGGCAGUUCUAUGUGGUCGACAAUUUGGGGACUGUCUCAUGGAUCGAUUCGUCCAUGAGGGUCGUCCAAUUCUCGCCCCCUAUGUGCGGGGGCGGUAGUCGGAAGCAUCUCGUGGAAUCGGGUGGGGACAUUAUCGUGAUCGACCGCUACAGCGAUAAUUAUCGAAAUCCCCGCUCCGGUGAGGCGGUCAAUUUCAGGGCCUAUAGGCUCGAUCAAGACUGGGGCAAGUGGGACGAGAUUAGGAACCUCGGAGACAUGGUUUUCUUCCUAGGGACCAGCUGUUCUUUCUCGGUGUCCGUUCGGGAUUACGACGGGUGUCCUGGGAACUGUAUUUACUUCCUGGAAAGGGAUAUCUACAUCAGGGUGAGGGAGAAGAUGAAGGUCUAUGUGUUUAGCUUGGGGAACCGGAGCAUUAAGAGGAUGGCUUCGUUGCCAUCUUAUCUCCGGAUUAUGUGGCCACCCCCGAGCUGGUUCAACCCGAUACCAUGCACCCUGGAUCCCACUGUUCCUAUCCAGAUGUUCUAGUUGUGGACCAUAGUUUCAUAUCGGACCCUAUCUGCGGAUGGGGAAAAUACUUGAGUUGCCUGAAGACGACCCGAACCAAGUGCAGGUAAUUGUCGUGAUCGAUCAACUGCUGGUAAAAGCUCCUGCAAAUGCCACGACUUACCUAAACUAUGCUACACGAUUCAGCGAAAAAAUCCAUUUAGAUCUCUUGGAGUCAGUCGUGGACGCCAUGGUGCUGUUAAUGUUGUAGCCAAAGCCGAACCCACAGGAUGCUUCUCGGCAAUUGCUGCAGGAUUUAAUGAGCUGAGGAUCCAAGGCAUUAUGUAUUCCGAUUUUCAUUAAGAAAAUAAGCAAUGAGCUUAAGAUACCUUGUGCUUUGUCAAUUAUUUCUCAAGAGGACGCAUUUAUGCAGUGAUUUCUGGAUUGGCAGAGCUUUCCGAGCA